AUGGUAUCUUCUGGAAAAGAUGCUUCUAGUUCGGCCACUGUUGCAUCGCCUGUCACUUCGGGGUCUCCCUCUGAAUUAGUUCAUUCAAAUCGAUCCGUGUAUGGAGUUUGGGAAUUUUUCAACAUACCAGUUCCUAGCCAUGGGGCCAAGCCCAUUUGGAAACCAAGUUCCCAAAAUCUAAGCGAAAAAUUUAGAUUGUACAUGGCUGGAUCCAUGGUAGGGGAUGCUGCUCGGCGGAUGUUUAAUGGAUGGACGAGGUCACGACAAGAUGGCAUGGAGAUUUCAAAUAGGGACGAAAAAAAUAGAUCAUUAGACAUGUCAUCAUCAUCUUCAAUAUCCUUGUCUCCUUCCGAGCCCGUGGAUUAUACAGCACCACGACUAUAUAAAAAGGCCUCGAAUUCUCGUUUGUCAUCUCAUAGACGUCCGAAUUCUCGUUUAAAGGCACAAACACUUUCACCAAUAGAUGAUAAUCCAUCUACGGUUUCAUCUAACGAUGAUCAACCGAACGAUCAGGCCACUGAAACAGAUGAGUCAAAAACAACAGUGACGAUAAAUGUUUCAGAUCCUCGAUCGGAACAACCUAUUCUUGUACCACAUCAAGAAAUUGAUUGUGAAAUUGAAGGUAUUCCUUCAAAUCAGCUUAAUCAAAAUUUUGAUGAUUCUCAGUCUAACAAUCAAGAAAUCAAUUUGAGAAAUGGGUCUUGUCAAAAUUCGAUGACAAACAACGAUGGGACAAAUAAUCAAACAUUAUUUGUUACAGCGCAGGAAAGUGAAGGAGAAAUUGAAACAUCAUCCAUAACAAGUACACCGAAAAAUUCGAGUGAGAUGAAUACUCAAGAAGAAAAUUUUGUAAAACCGGGAAAUAGGAGGCGUCGAAGAAAAACAAAGAGUUCUAAAAAUAACCCGCAGCAAAACUCGCAGCAAGAAAGUAGUAACACAGAACAACGAUCGUUUAAACAUGAAUCAUUACCGAAGUAUGAAAAUACACAACAAAAUAUUAACGGACUGCCGAGACCACGACAAUCCGACGAGAUGUCGUAUACUGCAAUUCAUCCACAACAACCUCGCCAAAUAGCUAAAUUGAAAACAGAAGAUCAUAAUAUUUGGCAAAAAUCCCCGCAUACAGAAUCAGUACAUUAUCAAGCACAACCACAUCAUCAUUUACAACAACGAUCUGAUCAAUCAACAUACUACAUGCAAGGAAAUAAACGAAAUGAAACGGUUUUUCAUUCUGGUACAGCUAUUCCAGCUAAAGCUACUUUACCGGAAAUAAACAACAAAGCGGCGGUAUUUCCGAGACGAAAUUCUCAAUCGAAUGUAGUAACAUCGAAUUCCUCGAUGAAUAGGUUUACUUCUUACGCUGGAGCUAUUUCGUCUCAAAAUCGGCCACCACCUAACACGAUGAAAAUUUCGCAUAACAUUCCUUCCACUUUACCUGCAGAUAGUAACAUUAUGGCACCAGUGCCUGUGGCAGCAUCUGUGAGGGAAGCACCAAAUCAUCAAUGGUCACCUUUUUGGUCAGGACUUUCAAUCCAGAUCAACUCACCUGCACCACCUGAAGAUAUUCAUAACAAAUGGGCAUCGAAUAACUCGAUCACAUCAGCAUCGCUGUUUUCAUCACCGAUGCCAGCGUCAAAUUACCAAAAAGGAGAAUUAACAACAGCAAAAGUAGAAGCAAAAGAGGUGAACGUAACAGAUGAGAUGAUACGGGGAAGAAGUUUGAGGACCAAAAUUUUGAGUAAUAAAGAUAAAAUGAAUGAGGGUAUGAUAAACAUGGAUCAGGGACGAAAUGUACCACAAUUCUCUUUGUUUGAUAAACAAUUAAUGUACCCUUCAAAAUCUUAG